AUGGCAUUUCAGACCAGUUAUGGCCAUUAUGAGUUUUUGAAGAAUGCCAUGAAGGUUCGAAGUUUUCUUGGACUUGCGGGUUAUUAUAGGAAAUUUGUAGAAGGGUUUUCUUCAAUUGCCUCGCCUUUGUCGAAGUUAACUCGCAAUGAGGUAAAGGCCAAACACCAGAGGCCAUCAGGAGUCGUACAACCUGUUCCAAUCACAGAAUGGAAAUGGGACCAUGUGAUAAUGGAUAGGUUGACAAAGUCAGCACAUUUCUUGGCAGUGCAUACUAAGUACUCUUUAGAGAAAUUGGCAAAGUUGUACAUUGAUGAGAUAGUGGAGUUGCAUAGAGUGCCAGUGUCGAUUACGGAUGGACAGUCCGAAAGGACCAUUCAGACCCUUGAGGAUAUAUGGAGGGCUUGUGUUAUAGAUUUCCAAGGGAGUUGCGAUCAAAAUAUAGCAUUGGUGGAGUUCGCCUACAACAAUAGCUUUCAAGCAAGUAUUGCUUACGACAGGCAAAAUAGCUAUGCUGACAGCCAUAGAAGAUUCUUGGAGUUUGAGGUUGGGGACAAAGUAUUCUUGAAAAUCUCUCCAUGGAAAGGUAAUUUGGUUUUGAGGCAGGGGAAAGUUGAAUCCCUGAUAAUAGGUCCAGUUUUGAUCUUAGAGAGGAUUAGACCAGUAGGAUAUCGAUUAGAGAUACAGCCUGAGUUGAAGAAGAUUCAUAAUGUGUUAUAUGUUUCCAUGUUGAAGAAGUAUGUCCCGAAACUUCUCAUUAUCUUGAAGCACCACCAGUAG